AUACACGUGCUGUGAAGGAAGAUUCGACGAUUUGUUCGCCUUUUUUUUCAAACAUCGAACUGAAUUUGUAAUUUUAAUAAUAUUAUAUUUACUGAGCAACAUUGGUCUUGAGAGGUUUUGUACUCUGAAAUACUACGGAGUCCUAACGAUAUAUUUUUUCGUCAUAUUGAACAUCAAGACUCUGUUUGCGGCCAAACCUUGAAAUUAUAAAAUCAAAAUGAGCGACGACCAGUCUCCGUCCGAUGGUACACUGGUAUUCUACCUUCAUGCUGGUAAGCUAGUCGAUUUAGCUGCAAUAUCUAUGCUGGCUGACUUGAAGCACCAUAAAAUGACACAGAUCCAUCGUGGAAACAAAGAAAUCGAUAUUUUAUGUUAUGAAAUGGAUCUAAUCAGCGUGACGUUGCCUGAAUCUAUUACUGACAUGCUGCGUGAAUUGUCUGAUCGUAUGGACAAACCUAUUGCUGAGUGGUGGAGAUACCACUGGGAUCAAGUAUUCCUUCGUAAAAUGCCAUCAGAUGAUAUGAUCACAUUGUUUGAUCGAUUGGUAUGGCUACCCAAUGGCUCAAUAAGCUUCGAACAAACGGCCAGAAAGUUGUUGGAUAGCGAUAAAUUGACAAAUGUGCAAAAGUUUCAAAUUGCUUGCACGUAUUGUUUCAUCGAUGACGUGAAUCGUUUGAAAGAGACGUUGUCGCCUGAUGAGAUGCAUCUCGCCACCGAAUCAUUGUGUACGGAUGUUGAUCCAUUCUUAGAGUACUGGUGCUGCAAAAUACGACAUGUGACAGGUUUUCGUCAUCUGACAAACACGAACAUUCAUUUCUUUUCCGAGUUGAUACAACCUAUCUAUAGAAAAUACUAUAGUCAUUGGCCAGUCGUAGAGUAUUUUUGGAAACAGUCCUUUGAUGAAGAAGGUCGUCUGAAGAAUGCUAAAGAAAUAAUUUAUACUGCCUACAGCGGCACACCUGAGUUGAUUUGGCACCUUCUUCCCAAAUUGAGUAGCUCACAACUCGUUUGGAUGAUGAGGGAGAAUGGUUAUGAGAUUAUGCUGUAUUUCGCCCGAGAGCCCAAGUACAUAGAAUAUACAAUGUUAACUUGGAAACGUGUGGUGAAUUUAAUAAAUGAUGAUGUUCUUAAUUGUCUUCUGCGUUCCGUGACAGGCAUGGAGGCAGAUCGAGAUUAUGUUGAUCGUCUACUCCGGCGAAUGUGGCUCUGUAUGUCGCAACAGCAAAAAAAGUUUGUCGCCAACCAACAGGAAUUCGAUUAUGUGGCAAAGUGGAUUGAUGAUUGUGAAUUCAAUUCACCAAACUAUCAGCUGAUUUUCGAAGUAUUUUUGCUUUGGGAUUCUGAACGUAGGCAUCGACACUGGAAAGCUGAUUGGACUCGUUUAGUUAUCGGUCAAAUGAAACAUAAAAACAAAAUCGAAGAAAUGAUGAAGAUAAUCUUUGAUAGUAAUGAAAACAUCGCUGCUUUCAAACGCACUGUCAUGACCGAUUAUAAUUCAAUCAGAACAGUUAGCGAAUUGGUGUUGAAUUGGGGACUUUUACAGGAAUUACAGAACUACUUGAAUUUCUGUACAGAGGACCAGGAUGUGAUUCGAAAUUUGAAAAAGCAAAUUAUUACGUCAAUGCCGAAGGAUGACCUGUUUUAUACGCUUUGCGAUUGUUGUGAUGACGAGGUCCUUGACGCUGAGUUUAAAUAUUUUCUGCGCGACAUUUUCGCAGUCGACGAAAUUAAAGAUUUUCAGAAGGAUGUGCUCAUAGCUAGUUUAGUAAAAAUGGAAGAAAUGCUGCGUGAUGGAUCUGUUGACCAAGUUAUACAAUGCAUUGAAAAAUAUUUAUCCAGCGAAGAAGAUCUAUUUGCGAUAAAGCUACAUUUUAUGAAAUUCUCUCCCAACCUCUUCGAAAUAGUUGGGGAAACAAUCAAAAUGCCAGAGUGGGUGGAUUUUUUGUCUUGGUGUUUGGACGGAAACAAAAGUCUUAUCGAGCGGUUUAAAAUCUCAUUACAGCCUACCAAAGUAUCAGGGGAUGUAGAGAUGGAGCAACAUUCUCUUUAUGAAUCUUUCUGUAGUACUUUUUUAUGCAACUAGCAAAAAAUCUAAAUAUUUAUGCAUUUUUUUCGAUUCUCAUCUUUUGAGAUUGACGACAAUCCGCCGAAAUGUAAAUUGUGAUCAAUUACAUGUUACUUUUCUGUUUUAUUCACGGAACCGAGAAAAUCCACAAAAAUCCUCUAUAGCUAACUCAUUAAAGUUCCGAUGAUGUUCGUCUGUAAAAGCCUGCCAUAUUGAUAUGUCACUUUCAUCUAAUAAUGAUUUUAAUAUUGUAUUCCAUGUGUUUGUACGGAUCGUUAGAUCUACUAUUAUGAAUA